AUGAACGCCAACAAGCCGUCCUAUGCCCCUCUGCAGCGUCGCAGGCGGAGAUCUGACCAGAUUUCACCAUCCUCUCCCUCCUAUCCAAGACGACUUCUUGACCGUCCAAAUAGAUACAGCGAGGCGCUCAGUCCUAUCGACACGCCGUCCGCGACAGAUGAGUCGGACAGCCCUUCGCUCAGCCUAAACCUCACACUCACAUCUCCCCUCUACGACCGCUCUGCGUCCGUACCAUCCGUCCCUCCUUUUCUCAAAUCCCCUGCGGUCGAACCGAAACAUCAACAGAGAUCGUCCGAGGAAACUGGGCGCCACAGGCUUGGACCGCCUGACGAAGCUGCCCGCCCUGCGACAAGUGACGCGAUCGAGCGGAACAACGCUGUUCCCAUCUCCUAUGCAAAAUCCCCAGUGAUAGGAUCAGACUCCGCAUCUAAGCCGUCUGCUGUUCCGCCCUCUGUCCGUCUCGAUACUGGAGAGAGAAAGGUGCUUGACCCGCCCGUCAAGCUCGGAGACAAUGCGUUGUCUCCAAGCCUGAGAAACUACAGCUUUUCCACCCAAAUAUCAGACAAAUCUGUGCAUGAUGAAGCAGUUCCAGCGAAAGGACAUACGGGAAAAAAGAGCAGGCUGAAUCUGCUGAAUCCAAUGAGUUUAUUGGCCCGUCGCAGGUCUUCCCAGAAUCAGAGACUCGAGGAUGUUAAUCUCACGCUGUCGGUACCGGCCUUGCCAGAUAAUUUUGACCCAAGUAUCCGAGGAAAAGUUGUCCAUGACUUCUCUGUUCCACGAUCGCGAAGGCUUUAUUCUCACAACGACAUCAGCAGUGUAGAAUCUCCAGCGUUGCGUUCUGGGUACGGACCAGACCCCAGCAGAAGCAAUGAUUCACCCAAAUCCCGAUUGGUCCCAAAUGGACCACCAAGUAUGCCACACAGCCCGAUGUUCAAGGAACACUUUCAGGAUGACCGACCAGCAUUGCAACCCGAACGGACGGGUUACCUACACAAUAUUCAUACACUCACCAUGCCCAACGACCACCUAGAUGAGAGUAGCGUACCAGCAUUCGCCAGACGGCUACCGUCUGCUGUUCCACAAGCAGGGCCGGAUCCCAGGCCUGGAUUACACGAGGAAGGAAGCAAGCCAGCACCGCAGCGACCACCACCGGGAAAGGAGAAUCUACCGUUGCCCCCGAGAGGAGAGGCCUCCCCAGAAGCCUCCCCACCGCCUCCGACGCCUCCUCCGAAGAGUACACCGUCCCCAAAGUUUGAUAUUCCGCCACCGGCGGCGAUUCCAAAGCACAUGACCAGUACUUCCUCACGAUUUAGCUUUCAGAUCGGAGGGGGAGGAUCGUCAGCGCAAGAGAAGUUGCUCGAAGAGAAACAUAAACAACACGAGGCGAUCAAGAAGACCACUGUGCCGGAUGGAGACGAAGAGGACGAGUAUGCUGACUAUGACUUCGAUGCGGAUGACGGUCUAGAGGAAAUGAUCCCUGGAGUCAACGCAGACUUUGACGAAGAUGAUGGUUUCGGUAACGACAUUCCGGUAGGGAAUGCGCUUGUGGCUCGUUACGGUCCAUCAGAAACCGAAGAAUUGAUCGCGUCCGAUGUCAAGACCACGACUUUACAGCGACAAUCGCUACAAGGAUUCCACUUUACUCCUCAAUCCAUGACAUUUAGUCCCACGAGCACCAAUAAUGCGUCACAGCCUACUCCCCGCGACCACGAAGGCUUUGCUAUUGGGAUUGCCGACUCGAGAGAGUCUUUCCAAGAUGGAAAUCUAGAAUUUCCUCCGAACGACAGCGUCGUUGACGUUGAAAAGGUGCCGAUGCUCGGAGGGCUGGGCAUCACGACGGCCGAAAUACACGGCAGACGCUCUCAGCAGACCUCUCGUCCUCAAGGAGGGGUUUUUGAUGAUGAAGACCUAUAUUUUGACGAUGGCGAGUUCGAUCACAUCGAAUUGGAUCCUUCGGGAACAACUUUUGACGAACAACUAUUUGAUGACGAUACAGGCAGAAUCCGCGAUAUACCAGCUGAAAAUGCCCGAAAAUUCGAGGCAGCCAAACAAGCAGCGGGUCUGGACGGGGAAGUGAAGGCUGUCAACCAUUGGGAGGACGCCGUCGAAAAACUUUCAUUGAACCACAAUGAUCAUCAGAACAGUGUCAACGCAAACUCCGGAGAAGUUGUUCCGAAUAGCCACGGGAACUUCGGUCGUGGUGGCUCCAUCACCGGACUCACCGAAACGAAUCUCGCUGCGUAUCACGACGCUUUGGCGUUCGCAGCCAACCAAGCUGCUGCAAAUGGCAGAUUUGAUCGAAAGGUCAGCUUCAGUCAGAACUCAGAUGAUACUUCACAGUCGCCAUUUGAAAGCAGUCAGCAUGGAGUCGUCUCUGAAGAUAGCCGUAUCAGCUACAAUUUUGGCUCCGCCAUUGCUGAGGACGAUGGAUUUCCUUUCGACGAUGAUAUGGAUGACGAUCCCAUGAUUGCAGAGGCUAACGCCGAAGUCCUGGAGAACGACGACGAAGGGUAUUAUGGUCAAGAGUUUGGGUUUUAUGCUCGAUCCUACGGAAAAGGCAAUACAGAGCUUGUUAAUGGCGGCUACUUUGCGGACCGGGGAUCCAACGGGGUAAAGCGAAGUCACAGUGGGAAGGCCAAUUUCCAGGAACCCAGCUUGACGCCAAUCACCGAACGCAGUGAGUGGAGUACUCGCAACUCGGUGGUAUCAUUGGCGAUACCAGGGGGGAUGCCUGCUUCAGCCCAUUCGAUGCCCAGUCCCGGGAUUGCGGAGUUACUUCAACAACUUGACUCCCCGGGUUAUGAUGAUGAUAUGAGCUUUAGUGGACUGAUGAAGCUCAGAGGCAGAACAUUCGGAGGGAGCUCGUCGAGUAUCAGCAGCUCAGCAGCAGGGAAUCCGGCUAGUUCCCCACUUGCGCACGUUUCCAACCAUCAGUUCCCCCAUUCGGAUCUUAAUGCGAACCGGAUGGCAUCCUCAAUCCAUGGGCGGACGUCGCCAGCUGGAAUCCCUGAGUCGGAGGAAGAAGAUGAAGACUCUAAAAACCUCACAUUGACACAGAACACGCCGCGGAAGAAAAUGAGUGAGCCUGUGGUAGUAACGUCACAGGAGGAACUACCAUCGUCUCCGGUAUCUGCUGGGUUUGAAAGACGGAAAGGCCAUCACAGCCGGACCAGCAGUGGUGCGGAAAGCGUAAGCUAUGCUCGUGAUUUGGAUGGUGGAUGGGUUUUGGAGAGGAGAAGGACGGAUGAAGGGAGCGGAACUGAAGUUAUUGACCGCGAGUAUCUAGCUGGAGCUCGGAUCUGA